UUUCAGUUCAAAAUAGUUCACUAGGCGGUUUGUAACGGGAAAAAAGUAAAAUUUUACCGUGAAUGUAUUGUGUUCCGUAUUCUUUUUAACAUUACAUCAGUAACCACACAAAAAUAGAGCAAUAUGAAUUUCUCUAAUUUUGUUUUUGGAGUAACUUUUCUUGUUCUAAGUUAUGUAUUUUGCGCUCAAAGUGCGCCGUAUAAAAUUGGUGUCGGGCGAGCUGAUUGCACUGGACCACCUGUUGAGAUCACGUUUAUGGGAUAUGCUAAUUUAAAACAAAAAGGAGAAGGUCUCCACCUUCGGCAAUAUUCACGUUCAUUCAUAGUUGAAAAGGAUGAUAAACGAGUCGUGUUUGUAAGUGUUGACGCUGGUAUGAUUGGACAUGCUUUAAAACGUGAAGUUGUUAAAAGAUUGCAAGAACGCUAUGACGAUUUGUAUACAAUAGAUAAUAUAAUGAUUACUGCAACUCACACUCAUGGUGCUCCUGGUGGGUUUCUAAUGCAUUUGUUGUAUGAUAUUUCCAUAUUGGGAUUCGUAGCACAAACAUAUGAAGCUUUGGUUGAAGGGAUAUAUUUGAGUAUCGUUCGUGCACAUGAUAAUCUUCAAGAUGGCAGAAUUUUCUUAUCAAAAACAACAGUAUUAAACGCUAACAUUAAUCGUUCUCCUACAUCAUAUCUAGCUAAUCCAGUUGAAGAACGAGAAUUAUACGAACAUGACGUUGAUAAAACUUUGACGCAGUUAAAAUUUGUUGACAACAAUGGUGAUGUGUUUGGAGUUUUUAAUUGGUUUGCUGUACACCCGGUUUCCAUGAAUAACACAAAUCAUUUGGUUACAUCAGAUAACAUGGGUUAUGCUUCAAUGCUUUUAGAAAAGGAGUACAAUCCAAAGGAUGUACCAGGAAAAGGAAAAUUUGUUGGUGCUUUUGCAAAUUCAAAUUUAGGUGAUGUUUCACCAAAUAUUUUGGGUCCAAAAUGUUCAAAAUCUGGUAAUCCAUGUGAUAUUCUAACAUCGAAAUGUCCGAAAAAUGAAGGUGAAUGUUUUGCUUCGGGACCAGGAAAUGAUAUGUUUGAAAGUACACAAAUUAUUGCGUCUAGAAUUUAUGAGAAAGCUUCGUCUUUAAUUAAACAAGGCGAAGGUAAUGAAAUUACUGGAGAUAUUUCAUUUAUUCAUCAAUUUGUGGAUGUACCAAAUUAUACCUUAAACGUUACAAAUCCCACAACAAAUCAAACCGAGAUAUUAAAGGGAUGCGUUCCAGCUAUGGGCUAUAGUUUUGCAGCUGGAACAACGGACGGUCCUGGCAUGUUCUUGUUUGAACAAGGUACAGUAACAGAAAACCCAUUAUGGAAUAUGGUACGUACUUUUAUCGCUAAACCAACAAAAGAAGAUAUCAAUUGUCAUUCACCCAAACCAAUUUUGUUGGCAACUGGCAGGGCAUGGUUCCCAUACGAGUGGCAGCCACGAAUCGUUCCAACCCAACUUAUCAAAAUAGGCAAUUUAAUUUUAACUGGUAUUCCUGGUGAAUUCACAACAAUGUCUGGUAGACGGUUAAAAAGAAAACUAAGUGAAACGGCUCUGGAACAUGAAAAUUCAAAUAAUUUCGAAGUAGUAAUUGCUGGCUUAGCUAAUCUUUAUUCAAGUUAUAUAACAACAAACGAAGAAUAUCUAAAGCAACGCUAUGAAGCUGCUUCAACAAUUUUUGGUCCACAUACUCUUUCAAUAUAUAUUGAUCAAUAUCAAAGAUUAAUUCGAGCUUUAUUAUCAAAACAAAAAGUUGAUCAAGGACCAUUACCUCCGUACUUAAAUGAUCGCAUGUUAUCAUUAACAACUGGUGUUGUUUACGAUGGCCAUCCAAUAGGCAAAGACUUCGGUUCAAUAAAAGCUGAACCACAAGACACGUACAGGUUUGGUGAUACUGUCAAAGUUUCUUUUGUUGCUGCCAAUCCAAGAAACAAUUUAUAUCAUGAGGAAAGUUAUUUUACUGUUGAACGGCAAGUAGACGAAGAAAAUUGGGAAGUAGCAUUCACUGAUGCUAGCUGGGAAACGAGAAUGUAUUGGGAACGAACUUCAACCGUUCUUGGAUUUAGUGAUAUGCAUAUAACAUGGACAAUAGGACCCGAUACAAUUCCUGGAUUAUAUAGAAUAAAACAUGUUGGUACUUAUAAAUAUAUAUUAGGUGGACUUUUCCCAUAUGAAGGAACCAGCAGAACAUUUCAAGUUAAUGCUCAAUAAAUAAAUUGGAUAUUUUGUUGCUGUUUUUUUUCAAAUAAUGUUGUCAGUGUUUUAUUAAAUCUACAGAGGAUUAUUUAGUUACAAUGAUAUGCAAGUUGUGAUGAUAGUUAUAAUAAUAUUUAGUAAUGAUAAUGAUUAAUAAGAAAA